UCCCCCCGCCCUUCUGCCCCUUCGGUUUCCUGCCUCCGCGCCACCGCUGCGCUGCUCCUAUUUGCCUCCUAGCUGCUGCUAGUUUCGUCUCUUUUCCUUAGCCUGCACACCAGGUCGCGUCUUAGUCCUCACGUCCUCUCUCCUCCCCUUCCCUGUGGAUAGUCGCUCCACCUAAGACCGUCAAAAUGCCGUUCCGGAGAUACGUGGAGGUGGGCCGCGUGUGCAUGGUCAACUUCGGCCCCAUGUACGGCAAGCUCGUCGUCGUCGUCGACAUCAUCGACCAGAACAGGGCCCUGGUGGACUUCACGGGCAUGGAGCGCCAGCAGAUCAACUACAAGCGCCUCUCGCUGACCGACAUCACGAUCGACAUUCCCAAGGCAGCUUCCAAGAAGGAGCUGCGUGCCGCCAUCGAGGCUGCUGAGGUGCAGAGCAAGUGGGAGGCGAGCUCGUGGGGGCGGAAGCUGUUGAUCCAGAAGAAGCGGGCCGCUUUGACAGAUUUCGAGCGCUUCAAGAUCGCUACCGCCCGCUCUCAGAAAGCCAAGGCUGUGAAGAAGGCACUUGCUUGAAGAUAAGAGAACAGCUGAUGUAUGUUACACAUUUGCGACACCUGUGGCCCUCCCAGUUCAACUUGCUGGUGAUUCCUCGUUUCUAUUGAGUGCGUAGGGACGAGGUUGGCCAGAGCUAUUAAUUGAAUGUAUUUCAAGGUGCAAGAAAGAAUAAUUCUUUAACACGGUAGUGCUAGAGUUACAAUUAUAGCACUUAAAACAGGCUACAGUUGGAAUAAUUGUGUAGAGUUGAGUGUGGUUUCACUUAGGGAAACUGGAUAAGUCA